AAGCUAGUCUCGAUAUUUGUAAUGGUGCCAAUAAAUUCUAGUAUUUUGAGAAUGGCAGUCAGUGUACUAUUUUGAAAGAGCUUGUAGAUAAAUAGAAUGGCAGAAUGUAUUAAUAGAGAUUUGGAACUUCCUAAACAAGACUGUACAAGUCCUAGUCCUACGGAGACAGUUUGCUUGGAUUCUUUAUAUUCAGAUAAUAAUCCAGGAACAUCACAGAAUAGUACGAGUCAAAAAGUAGACUUCUUUAAUUCAUACAACGAUCCGGAAGAGGAAAAAGUUGAAAAAAACAAUUUCUUGAACGAACUUGGAUUAGUGGAGGAAUGUGAUGACGACGCUAGUACUAACAAAGACGACAACUGGGAAGAUUGCAUUGAUCAAGACUUUUCAGAAGAACUACCAGCAGACAAUGAGUUAACAGAAAAUUAUGAAGAUAUAAGUAGUUCUGAAGAUUUAGAAUACAGUGUCAACCAUGCUACUCCAAAGACUUCACACUCCAAGAGAUGUGUAAAUUCAGCUGAGAGGAAUCUGAGGAAAAGAAAGUUGGAGGUUAAUAAUGGAUUUCCAAGCAAAAAAAUUCAAUCAGAAGUAUCUCCCAUGUCUAUCACCGCCAAUAAUAGUCAAAGCUCUGCGACAAUUUCGCCUUCCCUUCAAGUUGUAUCGACAAAUACAACUCCUAGCAGUCGAACCCGUGCUGUAAUUCCCACAAAGGAUAAUCCGCCUCCUGAAAUGUCUGAAUGGUUGGCCCAAUUUAGUACUUGGUCAAAUGCAGAACGAAUUAUGGCAAUUAACGAAUUGAUUGCACGCUGUGAACCUACACAAGUUCGUCAUAUGAUGCAAGUAAUUGAACCUCAGUUCCAAAGAGAUUUUAUAUCACUGUUACCAAAAGAAUUAGCUUUAAAUGUUUUAUCUUUCCUAGAGCCGAGAGAUUUACUUAAGGCAGCACAGACUUGCCAUAGUUGGCGUGUUUUAGCUGAAGACAAUCUUUUGUGGAAGGAAAAGUGUAGGCAUGCGGGAAUUGAUGAGAUUCCUAGAAAAAGGAUGUCGUCCAGAUCUCCUAGCUCGCAUAUGUCUCCAUGGAAGGCUGCCUAUAUGAGACAACAUGCUAUUGAGAUGAAUUGGAGGACCAAACCCAUAAGAGAAUUUAAAAUGCUGAAGGGACAUGACGAUCAUGUAAUAACAUGCUUACAGUUUUGUGGUAACCGAAUAGUUAGUGGAUCUGAUGAUAAUACUCUAAAAGUUUGGUCUGCCACCACAGGAAAGUGCCUGCGUACAUUAGUUGGACAUACGGGUGGAGUUUGGUCGUCCCAAAUGUCUGGGAAUACAAUAAUAAGCGGUAGCACGGACAGAACUUUAAAGGUUUGGGAUGCCGAUACUGGCAUAUGUAGACAUACCCUUUACGGGCAUACUUCUACAGUCAGGUGUAUGCAUUUACAUGGAAAGAAAGUGGUUAGUGGAUCAAGAGAUGCUACACUGAGAGUGUGGGAUAUCGAAACUGGUAAUUUUCUUCAUGUCUUGGUAGGGCAUUUGGCUGCUGUUCGGUGUGUGCAAUAUGAUGGAAGGUUGGUUGUCUCAGGGGCUUACGAUUAUAUGGUAAAAGUUUGGAAUCCAGAAACGGAGGAAUGCCUUCAUACUUUACAGGGACAUACGAAUCGAGUUUAUUCUCUGCAGUUUGACGGUGUACAUGUAGUUAGCGGAUCCCUUGACACUAGCAUCCGGGUUUGGGAGGUCGAAACAGGAGCGUGCAAACAUACGCUAAUGGGCCAUCAAUCUCUUACAUCGGGAAUGGAACUAAGAAAUAACAUCUUGGUGUCGGGGAAUGCCGAUUCGACGGUCAAGGUUUGGGAUAUAGUGACUGGACAGUGUCUGCAAACACUCUCAGGUCCGUACAAACAUCAGUCAGCCGUAACUUGCCUACAAUUUAACAAUCGCUUUGUGAUAACGUCUUCAGACGACGGUACAGUUAAACUGUGGGACGUACGUACCGGUGAAUUUAUUAGGAAUUUGGUGGCUUUGGAUAGUGGCGGUUCCGGAGGUGUGGUAUGGCGUAUAAGGGCCAAUGAUACUAAAUUAGUUUGUGCAGUGGGUAGUAGAAAUGGUACCGAGGAGACCAAACUUUUAGUGUUAGACUUUGAUAUCGACUCAAAUUGUAGUUCUAGCAUUUCUAGGUAAUUACGGACUCAAAAAAUUCAGUGUGAUUGUGGGUGUGUUUUUAGACAUUACAUUUAUCAUUUAUAUACCAGUGAUGUUAUUUUCGUUCGAUAAUAAAAAGUGAUAUUUUUCUUCCG